CCCUUGUUUUAUUUUGGGUAGCCUCCGGGAGAAUUGAUUGACUGUCGCCGACGCCCACAGGGGAGGGGAGAGAGAGAUGUCGUCACAAGGCUUCGUGGAACUUUAAUGGCCGCUCCUCCUCCUUCUCCUUCAAUUGAUCCAUUCCAUUUCGCUCCUAUGUGUUCCUCUCCGUCUCUUCAAUGAUCCUAUGUCUCCGCCUCUGCCGCAGAGCUUCCAGAUCCUUCUCCUCCACCUCCACUUCCACUUCCAACACCAGCUCCCUCUCUAAGCUACGCUUCCUCUUUCUACCAUCCUCUCCUCCCAAUCCCGAGUCCCAUUACGCUCAUCUCAUUUUGACUUCCCACAGCUUCAAUCCCAAUCGCAAGUGGUCUCCCCACCAGUUCCAUCCCCUCGUUACCGACCCCGAUCUUCUAAUCAGAGUCCUCAACAUGAUUCGCGAGAAGCCCGAGAUCGCUUUCCACUUCUUCAAGUGGCUACAGAGCCAACGCGAUCUCAAACAGUCAUCCCUCGCCUUCGCUGCUUUGCUCGAGAUCUUGGUUGAGAAUGAUCUCAUGAGCAAAGCCCGUUGGGUCGCUGAGAGGAGCAUCGAUCUCGGUAUGCACGAAAUUUACGAUCUUUUAAUCGAAAAGAGUGUUGUUGAUAAAGUGAUUGCUUGCAAGAUUCUUGAUCUGUUGUUGUGGGUUUACACCAAGAAGUCUAUGGUGAAGCAUUGUUUGUUGAGCUUCGAGAAGAUGAUUAGUAAAGGCUUCUCGCCUAGCGUUAGAAUCUGUAACUUAGUUUUGAGGCUUCUUAGGGAUAAAAAGAUGGUUAACGAGGCUCAAGAGGUUUAUAGGAAGAUGGUGGGGCACGGUAUUACGCCGACGGUUGUCACUGUUAACACUAUGUUGGACACUUGUUUCAAGGCUGGUGAUUUGGUUAAAGUUCCGGAGAUUGUUUCUGAGAUGGAGAGGGAAGUUGUGCCUAACGUUAUCACGUUUAACACUAUGUUGGAUUCUUGUUUCAAGGCGGGGGAUUUGCGGAGAGUGGCCAAGAUUUUGUCUGAGAUGGAGAGAAGAGAGGUUGAUGCUACUGAGGUGACUUAUAAUAUACUGAUUAACGGAUUCUCCAAGAAUGGUAAGAUGGAGGAAGCUAGGCGGUUUCAUGGAGAUAUGCGAAGAUCUGGAUUCCCUGUGACGACUUACUCGUUUAACCCUUUGAUUGAAGGGUACUGCAAACAAGGCUUGUUUGAUGAAGCUUGGGAGGUUGUUGAACUAAUGCUCGAUGCGGGUGUUUCUCCAACCGCAUCUACUUAUAAUAUUUAUAUACGCGCGCUCUGGGAGUUUAGAAGAACAGACGAUGCUAGAAGGGUGCUGCUUGGUAUGGCUGCUCCUGAUGUUGUGUCUUAUAACACUCUGAUGCAUGGAUACGUUAAGUUGGGGAAGAUUAGAGAGGCUUUUCUCUUGUUUGGUGAGCUGAUUGUUAGGAACAUCCCUCCUAGUGUCGUCACUUAUUAAAUCUUUACGUAUUUUUAUGUACAUCUAUGAUUGCUUAGAUAAAAUCAUAAAUGUUAUAUUAUAAUUAAAAUAAACAAUCAUCUAUGAUUGCUUAGGGAUUUUUAUGCCUAAACUUAAAGAAAGGCGAACUCUGAAAAGCAAUCAUAAAUGUUAAGAUGCAUGUCAAAAAAGAAUAUUUUGACAUGCUAUAAAGAUAGAUGUACAUAAAAAUACGUACAUCACCAUGUAAUGUUUACGUAUUUCAAGGUAUCUUGAGACUGUCAUUAAUAAUUUAAACAUUAUAUACUUAUUAUGUAUUGUCAUUUUUUCCGCUGA